ACCCGCCGAAGUGCUCCGCCGGGACACGGGCGCUCGAGCAUUGGCUUCUCCACUAACCCCCACCACAAUGGCUGUGUUUGGACACGUAUUCCCCUUCUAUGCUGACCCCAAGCCAACCUUCCCAAUGGACACCGCCCUGGCAGUCAUCAUCACUAUCUUUCUGACUGCACUAGUCACCUUUAUCAUCAUCCUGCCUGGCAUUCGGGGCAAGACGAGGCUGUUCUGGCUGCUGCGGGUGGUGACCAGCUUAUUCAUCGGGGCUGUGAUCCUGGCCGUGACUUUCAGUUCUGAGUGGUCUGUAGGCCAGGUCAGCACCAACACAACAUACAAAGCCUUCAGUCCCGAGUGGAUCAGCGCUGACAUUGGGCUGCAAGUCGGGCUAGGAGGAGUCAACAUCACACUCACAGGGACCCCAGUGCAGCAACUGAAUGAGACCAUCAAUUACAAUGAGAAGUUCACCUGGCGCUUGGGUGAGAACUAUGCUGAGGAGUAUGCAAAGGCACUGGAGAGGGGGCUGCCAGAUCCUGUGCUCUACCUUGCUGAGAAGUUCACUCCUCGCAGCCCAUGUGGCCUGUACCACCGGUACCGCCUGGCAGGACACUAUGCUUCAGCCAUGCUGUGGGUGGCAUUUCUCUGCUGGCUACUGACCAAUGUGAUGCUGUCCAUGCCUGUGCUGCUAUAUGGUGGGCACAUGCUGCUGGCCACAGGCAUCUUCCAGCUGUUGGCCCUGCUCUUCUUCUCCACGGUCACAUCACUCACCCCACCUUGUCCCAUGCACCUGGGCACUGCUGUGCUGCAUACUCACCACGGGCCUGCAUUCUGGAUCACACUGACCACAGGACUGCUGUGUGUGCUGCUGGGCCUGGUCAUGGCAGUGGCUCAUAGGAUGCAGCCCCACAGGCUGAAGGUUUUCUUCAACCAGAGUGCAGAGGAGGACCACAUGCUGGAAUGGAGUCCUGAGGAAGGAGGGCUCCUGAGCCCCCGCUACAGGUCCAUGGCAGAGAGUCCUGAGCCCCAGGACAUUCCUCUGUCAGAGGCUUCCUCUGAGGCAUGCUGUAAGGAGGAGCACCCUGGAGAGACUAACUGUGCCUUAUAAGUCUCCUCUUCCCUGGCGGCCACCUGGAUUUCCAACCUGGCUCCAGACCUCAUUGGUGCCUCACAAAAUCACAGAACUGUUGUCAGGGUGGAUUCUGUCAGGUCCCCAGCUCCCAUCUGCAGGUGGAGUGGGAAAGGAUGCCUGUACCUAUUGAUGUUUUUGUUUUUUUUUUUAAAUGAAACAAAAAAGUCCUAAGGCGCUGAAGAGAUGUUGGGCCCAUAAACACUGUUGCCAUGGUAAGACCAAUCAGGGGCAGCUCCUAUUUCUGCUCAGCCUUUCCUGGAUGAUUUGCCUCGUGAAGUUGCCAUUAAUUGCAACCCAACGUCACUCAUAAGGAAUGUGUGGGGAGGGACAGGAGUUAUAGUGUCAUUCUCCUAGGGACCCUUCACUCUUGUUUCCUCUUAUUUUUUUUUCUGGGCCCCCUUUGUUCUUCUUUUACUUUCUUGGCUUGUGUGGCCCCUUGAUCUGUAUUGGAAAGAAGAGGCCAAACAUCUUAUCCCACUUCUAAUAUUAACCAGCUGUGCCACUUUCUUUUUGAGCUUCAGUUCUCAAAUAUACUAAGUGAGAUUGUAGGGUUUACUGAGGACCUUAAAAAAAAAAAACAGUCCCAGGGGACUGAGGUUGUGGCUUCGUGUGAGGUGCUGGGUUAGAUGCUCAGCACCAC